CAUAGAAUAACAGGAAGUGCGAAUAUCUGCUGUGUAAUUCUGCUUUACGGUUUAGUGUGUUGUUGCACGAAACUUUCUUGAAGUUCUAGUCCUAGUCUUAAUAAAACCAAUAAGCCACAGCAUCCUAAAACGUUAUAAAGUAUGCCGGAUUACCUAGGAGCAGAUCAGCGAAAAACAAAAGAAGAGGAGAAAGAAGACAAGCCUAUUCGAGCCCUGGAUGAGGGUGAUAUUGCUCUGCUGAAAACCUAUGGUCAGAGUGCGUACUCGAGACAGAUCAAGCAAGUAGAAGAUGAUAUUCAGCAGCUGCGUAAAAAAAUCAAUGAACUUACAGGCAUUAAAGAGUCUGACACUGGUUUGGCUCCUCCAGCUCUGUGGGAUUUGGCUGCUGACAAACAGACUCUACAAAGUGAACAGCCCUUACAGGUUGCAAGAUGCACAAAAAUCAUCAAUGCAGAUUCUGAGGAUCCAAAGUACAUCAUCAAUGUGAAGCAGUUUGCCAAAUUUGUGGUUGACCUAAGUGAUCAAGUAGCCCCUACAGACAUUGAGGAGGGAAUGAGAGUUGGUGUGGACCGGAACAAAUAUCAGAUCCACAUUCCCUUGCCACCUAAGAUUGACCCAUCUGUUACAAUGAUGCAGGUAGAGGAAAAGCCUGAUGUCACGUACAGUGAUGUUGGUGGCUGUAAAGAACAGAUAGAAAAGCUCCGAGAGGUUGUGGAGACCCCUCUUCUACAGCCAGAACGUUUUGUUAACCUGGGAAUUGAACCACCCAAGGGAGUGUUGCUAUUUGGGCCUCCAGGUACAGGAAAAACUCUGUGUGCUCGAGCUGUAGCCAACAGGACAGAUGCCUGCUUUAUCAGAGUUAUUGGAUCAGAACUGGUUCAGAAAUAUGUCGGCGAGGGUGCUAGAAUGGUCCGUGAGUUGUUUGAAAUGGCCAGAACAAAGAAGGCUUGCUUAAUAUUCUUUGAUGAAAUUGAUGCUAUUGGAGGUGCUCGAUUUGAUGAUGGUGCUGGAGGGGAUAAUGAAGUACAGCGCACCAUGCUGGAGCUUAUUAAUCAGUUGGAUGGAUUUGAUCCCAGAGGCAACAUUAAAGUUCUUAUGGCUACCAACAGGCCAGACACUUUGGACCCUGCACUGAUAAGACCUGGAAGACUUGAUCGAAAGAUUGAAUUUUGUUUACCUGAUUUAGAGGGCCGUACACAUAUAUUCAAGAUACAUGCAGGAUCCAUGAGUGUUGAAAAAGGUAUAAGGUUUGAACUACUUGCUCGGCUUUGCCCAAACAGUACAGGUGCUGAAAUCAGAAGUGUUUGCACAGAAGCUGGAAUGUUCGCUAUUAGAGCACGUCAAAAAAUUGCAACUGAGAAGGAUUUCAUAGAGGCUGUAAAUAAAGUGAUCAAAUCUUAUGCCAAGUUUAGCGCUACUCCUAGGUACAUGACAUACAAUUAAUAUGGAUUGGAGAACUGCGGUUUUCAUUAUUGUUUCUCUCAUUUUGUUUCCAUAACUUUACAUCUUACAAACAUACUUUGAAUGAUGUCCUUGCCUUGCAGUACAAAUAAAUUUUUAAAUUACA